AGCCGCUGCAUCCGUCCCGGUGACGCGACCGCCGUCAGAGGCCGGGUCACUCCCUCUUAAAGGGGAAGCGAAGCAGCGGCAGCGCCUGCCGGGACGCGGAGGCGCCGCCGCCAGGGAACGACGGGGAUCGGUGAGGAGCUGGAGAUGAGCACGCCGGUGACGAUGUCAACGUACGUCCGGUGCCUCAGCUACGGGCUCAUGAGGCAGCUGGCAGACUUCAUCGACCCGCAGGAAGGGUGGAAGAAGUUAGCAGUAGAUAUAACCAACCCGACCGGUGAAAGCAGAUACAACCAAAUGCACAUAAGGAGAUUUGAGGCAUUUGUCCAAAUGGGAAAGAGCCCCACAUGUGAAUUGCUUUAUGACUGGGGAACCACAAACUGUACAGUUGCUGAUCUUGUGGACCUCCUGAUUAGGAAUCAGUUUCUAGCACCAGCAAGCCUUUUGCUUCCAGAAGCUGCAAGGAUGGCACAAGAAGUUACAUUACCUCUUUCUUCGCAGGAAACAUUACCUAUACAUGAGAAACAACUGCCUGUACAGGAAAAAGAAGUGGCCUCUGUACAGCCUGUUUUAGCUCAGAGUACUGAGAAGCAACAUUCAGCUCCUUUUUUCAGUCAAGAAAACAGUAGCUCACAGUCCAGUAACACCGGCUUCCAUAAUUUUUCGUUUCAUGAUUUGGAAAGUGUUACAAAUAAUUUUGAUGCACGACCAGAAUCAGCUGGAGGCAAUAAACUGGGAGAAGGUGGCUUUGGUGUUGUGUUCAAAGGCUACAUCAACGGCAGAAACGUGGCUGUCAAGAAGCUCAUUGCUAUGGUUGAUGUUAGUGUUCAGGACUUGAAACAGCAAUUUGAUCAAGAAAUAAAAUUGAUGGCAAAGUGUCAGCAUGAAAAUCUGGUAGAAUUACUUGGUUUCUCAAGUGAUGGUGCUCAGCCAUGUCUGGUCUACGAAUACAUGCCCAACGGUUCCUUGCUUGACCGACUUGCUUGUCUAGAUGACACUCCACCAAUUUCUUGGAAUACAAGAUGUAAAAUUGUUCAAGGUACAGCAAAUGGCAUCAACUUUCUGCAUGAAAAUAAUCAUAUUCACAGAGAUAUUAAAAGGUUUGGAGAACAAGAAGGGGAAGUCAGACAUGCAAGUUUCUAUGCAAAUAUCUUACUAACUGAUACGUAUAUGCCCAAAAUUUCUGACUUUGGACUUGCAAGAGCAUCUGUAACAUUCACACGAACAAUCAUGACUGAAAGAAUUGUUGGAACAGCAGCCUAUAUGGCACCUGAAGCUCUGCGAGGAGAGAUAACACCUAAAUCUGAUAUCUUCAGUUUUGGAGUAGUCUUACUAGAAAUAAUAACGGGUCUUCCUCCAGUAGAUGACAAACGGGAGCCACAGUUACUGUUAGGUAUCAAAGAUGAAAUUGAGGAUGAGGAAGCAACUAUUGAAGAUUAUGUUGAUGAAAAGAUGAGUGACUGGGAUGCACCCUCAGUUCAUAAAAUGUAUUCAAUUGCUGAUCGGUGCCUGAAUGAGAAAAAAAACAGAAGGCCAGACAUGAAGAUGGUUCAACAGCAUCUACAAGAGAUAAACAUUUUAUAAGUGUUUCUUCUGAUACACAAAAAAGAAUUGUAAUGGAGUAGACACCAGUAGAAAAUAUUUUGUUAGUAUUCAGUGGGACACUAUCAGCUUUUCUGCUAUCCAGAGCUUCCUAGUCUGCAUUUAAGGUAUGCUGUUGGCCUGUCACCGUGUUUUUGCCAACUGAGCAGCCUUUCACAUAUCCUUAGCCAUUGGGCCCUUUUUUGUAUUCACAGAUUGCAGUGCUGGUAUAUCUUCUCUACAGCUUUUUAAAUGUGUUUCUGUAUUAGAAUCUAUUUGAUUCUUUUGAUUUACAAGUAUCAAGUAUGCCUGCUGCAAAGGCAUAUGACAGUAAUAGGUAAAUAUCUUUUCUACGAACUGAUUCUUUGAUCAGGUGUACUAUACCUCUUUCUAUUGAAGACAAAACCAUUUAAUAGAUAUAAAUGGCACUUACACUGUCUGGGAGAAAAAGCAAUAGUAGCACCCACUUAAAACAAACUUUAUUUGUCGUUUCAACUUGAGAACUUAUGUUAGUGCGAAUGGGCUGAUAGAUAAUGUUUGUAAAUGUGAUUGCUUUUCAGAAUGUCCUCUCAGGAUAAGUUUUAAUCAGGUGAAUGUUGCAAGAUGUAUCCUGGGUUAGCUUUUUUUUUAGUUUCAAGGAUUUCCAAGCAAAAUAACUGCUGUGCAGUGCAAAUGCAAAAAUACAUCUGGCUUCCUUCCAGUGACCUCUGUAUGGUGACAAACCAUUUAAUUUCUUAGCUGCUUUGAGUAUUUUAUACUUCAGGGGAAGAUUCAAUAUGGAUUAUAAAUAUACAUAGUGUACUUUGUUAAAGGAGGCAGAAUAAUAAUUCUGUGAAGACCAAUUCUGCAUUUUGCUUAAUCAAAUAAUUAAGUUCUUUUAAAAAAUAUAUAUGUAUGUAUAUUAAUAACUAACUAUUAAAAUUGCACUUUUAAAAAAGCAACAUGGAAAGCUUUCUAAAAUAGAAACACCAAAGAUCAAAGCAGACUAAAAAUGGAAUGAAAGUGACUAGGAAGGUUCUAGAUACUGAAGCAGGGAUGAAACUCCACAAUGAGUAUGUAUGAAAAUACUCCUAUUGUAAAUGAAAGAGGUUAUUUUCAUAUAACCCCUUUUCUGCGCCUCAUGACCUUUUUCUUGACAGCCUAGAUGAAGGCUUAUCUUACAGCCAAAUUUGAAAUUCCAUGAUUAUAAAAGAAAAAGGAAACACUGAGAAAUGACCCGAUUGCAUUCAAAGAUAUAUAUAUAUAUAUUCUGUCUUUGUAGAAAGCAUGCAAGUCCUAACACAUGUAUUAAUACCAUUAGAUCUCUGUUAACUGUUUCUGUAUUGCUUUUUCAAAGUUCUAGUUUUAUUUGAACAGAUAUUGUAAGAAGCUGUUAACAUAAAUAAAACUUCUGCAUUACUAUGGCAGAUAAUUGUUUCUGCUAUUAAAACAUUAAGCCUUGGAAACACCAGUUGUUUCACGUUGCUUGCAUUUCUGAUAACAUUGUGCUAACCUCACCGCAUGGGGUAAAACUGCACAGCUCUGAACCUGCGCUUGUGGAGAAGAAAACUGCUAUAAAGCUUUAGUGUUUCUUCUACAGAGAAUGUGUCAGUGAGCAUUGCUGAAGGGACUACCUGUCAGGACAAUGUUAUCCAUCAAAUGCAAUCAUUUACUCUAUCAGUUGCCAGUGUUCAUAGUUUAUAAGACACAGAUUGCUAUUGGAAAUACAGCAAAGUAGCACAAGUCUUAAAAGUUAAUAGUUAACCUACAGAUUCCCUUUGGGAUGGAAUAACCAUUUAUGUACUGUCACACAGAACCAUGCUGGCAUGCAGGUUAGAUGGGCCUUCAGGUUGUAUAAGAAAAGUAAAUAAAAUUAUCAGUGUAUUUUAUGGUGAAAUUAUAGAUUUCAUAACAUUAAAGUCAGAAUGAGAAACUCAGUUCCUUCUCAUUAGUUUUCUCAGUUUUCCUUAGUAUGUAGUCCUAAAAGGUAACAUAUUGUGGCAGAAAUCCUUGUGCAGAACCAUACUCAUAAAAAGAGAAAUUGAGAAAUCAGGUACGUGGCAAUUGACUUUAUGUCACAGAAAUCAGGGAAAACUUUUGGUGUUGUUUUCAAGCCUUCAAUGACUGUUUUCUGUCAAAGAAACUGUGUCAUGGGGUUUUGCUUUUUUUUUCCUUUUUAUUUCUUUUAACAUUAGGAUUUCCAUUAUCUAUCAAGGAUUUGUCUGAAAUAAGUCAUUGGAAUAAAGUAUAUGCUGGAACUGUAUGUUUAUCAAGAAGGAAAU